UCCACACAGAGCACAGAGCACAGAACGCACUCCAUCUCAGCCUUGCCUUGCGUUCUUCCCUCUCCGCAAACACCGAAACACACCCGUCUGUUGUUCACCAGAAGGACGAAGAGAGACAAGGAGGCCACCCUUGCUUGGACAAGAGCUUGAAAGAAGAGAACCAGAGGAAGACCACCACCACACGUCAUGGCUUGCCCCACAGGAAAAGCGUGCGCUGAGUCCCCUCUCGACAUGGACAAGUGCACCUCGUCCACCAAGAGCCGGUACUUCGUGGGCAUCUCGCCCGCGGUCGUGUUCGUCGCGUCCCUGUCGGUCCUGGCCUUCCUCGCCGUCAGCCUGGCGGCCUGCGUCGUCGCCGCCACCCACGUCACGUUCUUCUUCGCCCUGCCACUCGCCUCGGCGGCCGGGGGAGCGUUCCUCGUCGCCGCCCCGGAGAUGACGCCGUUCGGCGCCGACCCGGCGGCCGUGCUCCUCCUCAGAGCAGGGGGCGCGCUGGCAAUCGCCUACGCGGGGAGCGCGAUGCUGGUGGGGAAGUGCUGCCCUGCCAAGGUUCGGUCCGCCCACCUGGCGCUGGUGGCGGCGGCGCUCGGAACGAUGGCCGCCGCGCUCGUCGCGGACGAGCCCAGCGCCCUCGCCGGUGACGUCGGAGACAAGGCCGCCGUUGCGCUCGGGCGGGCGGCGGCGGCGGCGGCCACGGGGGCCUUGAUGUCGGCCGCCGGCCCCGCCUUCACCAGGAGGAUUCAGAGCGGGAAGCCAGCAGAGCCGGCGGUGCUGAGUUGCUAGACUGCUGCCUGUUGGUCUCUCUCUACCCUUCUCUGCCUAGCCAUGUAUUUUUCGGCACAGGGAGGGCGUGGGUAGGGGAGGGAGGGUUCAUCGGUGGUAUCCUUCGUUAAGAAGUUGGGUUUCAGCCUUAUGGGGUGGGGAAGGGUUCGAGCUUCGGCGGACCAGGCAAAGAGUCGUCUUCAGUGCCCUUCGCCUUUGGUCGAGAUUCGACGGGCGCGGGGUGUUUGUUUGGCUUGGCGUACGUGCGGAGGCAGUUUGCGCCCUACCAACGCGUGUGUGCGAGCCUGGUGAAAUCACAGCAGUAGUUGCACUUGUCGGAAGGGCCUGUUUGGGCUGCUCUGCCUGUUUGUUGGUGACGGCCCACGCUGUGUUAUUGUUGCCCAUGGUGCUGCACCGCGCACGUGUUGCAAAGUUGUAACGUUCGUAAUCGAGAAUUGCACGCGCCGGUUUCUCCACUGUCUGUUAUCGGUGUUUCAAGAGUAGCUCCAGAAGAAUGUUCCCCACACUGUCGAUGUCGGGCUUGUCUUUCACACGUGCCCUCGAAUUAUUUUGUCUUGAUAUUGAUUUAAGCUCUCAAGUUCUCUUGCUGCGUUCAACUCGUCGUGCGUGUGCUGUUCCCUGAGCUGUCAUAAUUUCAAGCGUCGCAGUCACUUUGCUGAGGGCGGGCGCACUGGUUUUCGUCGGCGAUUUGCUUGAGGGUUGGGUGACACCUGUCUCUUUUGGAUAGGUUUUGUGUCUGUUUGGUGUCUGCUGCUACUUGCUGCUGUAUUGUCUGGAUUUCGGCAUGUUUUUUCUGUCGCCAUUUAUCUCGGCGCGCCAACCUUGUAUGGGUGGUUCGAUCUCUACCUGAAAAUUCCUCUCUCCUGUCUCUUUUGAAUGGCGUGCCCCAACGCCGAAAGGUCUUGAACUACGCUCUUGUCGCACCGAAUCCCGCUUCGGGUUGCUUGGCUAAUCAGUUUCCUUCUGAAUCAUCAGCCGCUGGUCUGUUGGAAUCAUUUCUCGGCCGCUUUUAUUGAGCGCUGUCACGACUUGUAGACACGCCGUGAUAGGGGUAUCCUGUAAGGUGGCAGCUCUACUACACUAUUUCAAUAAUACGACACGACUCUGAAAACACU